AUGAAGAGUUUCAUAUUUCUAGUCCACUUUGGACUAUAUGGAAUUGUUAUCUGUGCCCCUUCAAUUGUCAAUGAGUGUUCUGUGAAAUCAACCCAAUGUCCGAAUCCAGAUGGGCCAGACUCUGUUUACAUACCUCUUGAGGAUUGUACAAAAUUUUGCCAAUGCAGCAACGGCGAAGCAAUUCUUCACAGCUGCCCAAAGGGUUUUCACUUCAACCCUACUUUAAAUGUAUGCGAUUGGCCCCAGAAUGCCGGCUGUGAACAACCUGAAAACCCAACUACUAGCAUUCCAACUAUCACUUCAUCCACUGGAACAACAUCAAACGCAGAUAAAUGUGCUAACAUUCUAGAAUGUGAUCCAGAAUGUGGAACUAAUAAAACAGUAGUUUUACUGGAUAACUGUUCAGAGGCUUGUGAAUGCUCCGAUGGUGUGGUAAGUCUAAUAACUUGUUCCGAAGGAUUGCAUUACAAUAUUAAAGAGGCAAAAUGCGACUGGCCAGAACUGGCACACUGUGAACCCACUACAACUACAAGUAUUCCUUCUACAACAACGCUAGUCCCUGUAACAACACCAGCUGGAGACAAGUGCACAGAUAUAUUAGAAUGUGAUCAAGGAUGUGGUUCUAAUAAAACUAUAGUAUUGUUGGAUAAUUGUUCGGAAGCAUGUGAAUGUUCUGAUGGUGUGCUGAACUUAAUAACUUGUUCCGAAGGUUUACAUUACAAUAUUAAAGAAGCAAAAUGUGACUGGCCAGAACUUGCAAACUGUGAACCCACUACAACCACCAGUACCCUAUCUACUACAACUCCAGUUCCUGUAACAACACCAGGUGGAGACAAAUGUUCUAAUGUAUUGGAAUGUAAUCCAAAUUGUGGAACUAACAAAACUGUAAUUUUACUGGAUAGCUGUUCAGAGGCUUGUGAAUGUUCUGAUGGUGUGUUGAACUUAAUAACUUGUUCCGAAGGAUUACAUUAUAAUAUUAAGGAGAAAAAAUGCGACUGGCCGGAAAAUGCAAACUGUGAAAUUAUUAAAACCACAACUCCCCUUCCUGUAACAUCACCAGACGAGGACAAAUGCUCUAAUGUAUUAGAAUGUGAUCCAGAAUGUGGUACUAACAAAACUGUAGUAUUAUUAGAUGAUUGUUCGGAGGCUUGUGAAUGUUCUGAUGGUGUGCUGAACCUAAUAACUUGUUCCGAAGGUUUACAUUACAAUAUUAAAGAAGCAAAAUGUGACUGGCCAGAACUUGCAAACUGUGAACCCACUACAACCACCAGUACCCUAUCUACUACAACUCCAGUUCCUGUAACAACACCAGGUGGAGACAAAUGUUCUAAUGUAUUGGAAUGUAAUCCAAAUUGUGGAACUAACAAAACUGUAAUUUUACUGGAUAGCUGUUCAGAGGCUUGUGAAUGUUCUGAUGGUGUGUUGAACUUAAUAACUUGUUCCGAAGGAUUACAUUAUAAUAUUAAGGAGAAAAAAUGCGACUGGCCGGAAAAUGCAAACUGUGAAAUUAUUAAAACCACAACUCCCCUUCCUGUAACAUCACCAGACGAGGACAAAUGCUCUAAUGUAUUAGAAUGUGAUCCAGAAUGUGGUACUAACAAAACUGUAGUAUUAUUAGAUGAUUGUUCGGAGGCUUGUGAAUGUUCUGAUGGUGUGCUGAACCUAAUAACUUGUUCCGAAGGUUUACAUUACAAUAUUAAAGAAGCAAAAUGUGACUGGCCAGAACUUGCAAACUGUGAAUCCACUACAACCACCAGUACCCUAUCUACUACAACUCCAGUUCCUGUAACAACACCAGGUGGAGACAAAUGUUCUAAUGUAUUGGAAUGUAAUCCAAAUUGUGGAACUAACAAAACUGUAAUUUUACUGGAUAGCUGUUCAGAGGCUUGUGAAUGUUCUGAUGGUGUGCUGAACUUAAUAACUUGUUCCGAAGGAUUACAUUAUAAUAUUAAGGAGAAAAAAUGCGACUGGCCGGAAAAUGCAAACUGUGAAAUUAUUAAAACCACAACUCCCCUUCCUGUAACAUCACCGGACGAGGACAAAUGCUCUAAUGUAUUAGAAUGUGAUCCAGAAUGUGGUACUAACAAAACUGUAGUAUUAUUAGAUGAUUGUUCGGAGGCUUGUGAAUGUUCUGAUGGUGUGCUGAACCUAAUAACUUGUUCCGAAGGUUUACAUUACAAUAUUAAAGAAGCAAAAUGUGACUGGCCAGAACUUGCAAACUGUGAACCCACUACAACCACCAGUACUCCAUCUACUACAACUACAGUCCCUGCAACAACACCAAGUGAUGACAAAUGCUCUAAUAUAUUAGAAUGUGAUCCAGAAUGUGGAACCAAUAAAACUGUAGUUCUAUUGGAUAAUUGUUCAGAGGCUUGUGAAUGUUCAGGUGGUAUUUUAAGUCUUAUAACUUGUUCCAACGGCUUGCAUUAUAAUGUUGAGGAGAAAAAAUGUGACUGGCCAGAACAGGCAAAUUGUGAACCAAAUAAAAUUACCACCACACCCUCUACCAAUCCCACAACUCUUAAACCUGUAAAUGAAUGCUCUUCAAAAUCUUCUCAGUGUCCGUUUCCAGAUGGACCUGAUUCUGUCUAUAUACCUUUGGAUGACUGUACGAAAUUCUGCCAAUGUAGCAACGGUCAAGCAAUCCUCCAUAGAUGCCCAGGGGGUCUUCACUUCAACCCAGUUUUGAAUGUCUGCGAUUGGCCUAAGGAUGCUGGAUGUGACCAACAAGUUAAAACAACUACCAGUACUUCUUCUACUACAACUACCAAUGCUCCUAAUACUACUUCUGUUACCGCAACUACCAGUAUAAACUCCACUAGUGCAACUCCUUCAAAAGUUGUUUGCUUAGGACGGGAAAAAUAUUGCCCCGCUGUUGAUGAUGAAUUUUCUGUUUACAUUCCAUUGCCUGAUUGCACCAAAUUUUGCGAGUGUUCAAACGGUACUCCUUAUGAAUUCGACUGCCCUUCAAACCUUCAUUUUAAUCCAGACUUGAACGUUUGUGAUUAUCCCGAACGUGCCGGUUGUACAGGAUUAGGAAUAUUCCACUUCAGUUUUUGUGAUUGUCAAGUAAAUCGAGAAGCUGCAAUGAACAUACCAAUCAUCAUACUUUUAGGAUACCUCGGCAUUCUUGAAGCAGCGACCCUGGGAAGAGAUCAUUCCGAAUGUUAUUCUGUAGACCAGCUAUGUCCACUUAUUGACCGUGAUAAACCUUUUUAUAUCACAUUACCGGAUUCCACAAAAUACUGUUUAUGUUCACAUGGAUAUCCACAACUUUACAUUUGUCCAAACGAUUUGCAUUUUAAUCCGGAAACUGCAUUAUGUGAGUUACCUGAAAAUACUCAAUAUUCCCAUAAAUUUAAAGAUGUACUCAUGAAACAUCACAAACACAAGGAAAGUAAAGAAAGCGAUAGCAAAGAAAGCGACAGCGACAGUCACAAUCACAACAAUGAACAUAACAGUAACAGUAAAGAAAACCACCACAAAGGAAGCCAUAGUAAAGAAAACGACAGCGACAGUCACAAUCACAACCAUGAUCAUAACAGCAAGAGUAAAGAAAACCAUCACCACAAAGGGAGUCAUAGUAAAGAAAGCGAUAGCGACAGUAAAGAAAGCGACAGCGGCAGUCAUAAUCACAGCCAUGAACAUAACAGUAACAGUAAAGAACAUCAUCACAAAGGGAGCCAUAGUAAAGAAAGCGACAGCGACAGUCAAGAAAGUGAUAGCAGCAGCAUGGAAAAUCAAAGCUCAGAAAGCAGCAGUGAUAGUAAUGAAAGCGAUAGUGACAGCAAUACCAGUAAAGAUAGCGAUAGCAGUGCUAGCAGCAGUUCAGAAAGCGGGAGUGAUAGUAAUGACAGCGAAAACUCCAAUGAGAAUAACGAAAGUAAGGAAACUACAUCAACUCUAGACCCAGUCACUACUUCGAAACCAGCGAGUACCUCUCAAAACACUGAAUCCACUGUACCUUCAACUGCAAAACCUAUAACAACUCAAACACCAACAAGUAGUACGCAAAAAACUAUUACUCCUACAGAAAAACCCUUAACCACUUCGAAACCAGUGACCACCUCUCAAAAUCCAGAAACAACUUCAGCAAUUACUACUACUCAAAAACCCGUAACCAGUUCGAAAUCACCGACUACCUCUCAAAACACUGAAACUUCAGCACCAGGAACUACUUCAGGACCAGUCCCAAGUUCACCCGUCACAUCUCAGCCCCCGAUAACGACCAAACAACCUAAUCCUACCUCCUUACCUGACAAAACAACCACCAACAUUCCAACAACACCACAAAGAACCACAACAGUUCAGCCAGAAGAUGAAUGUUUUGGAAAAUCUUUCCAAUGUCCAAAUCCUGACGGACCAGACUCCGUGUAUAUUCCUCUUGAAGAUUGCACCAAAUUCUGCCAAUGUAGUAACGGCAUCGCAAUUCUACACAAAUGUCCAGAAGGUCUUCACUUUAACCCUGUUUUAAAUGUUUGCGAUUGGUCUCAAGAUGCUGGCUGCCAAAAAUCUGACGUUAUUUAUGUUAUAAAUUAAAAGUGAAUAUAUUCAUAUGUAAAUUUGUAUGGCUCAAAUAAAUAUGAUGCGUUUAUGAAUUUUA